AUGUCAUCCACCGCUACGGUACCUGAGAAGGAUGCUGCUGUCAAAGGUCAUGCGCCUUCCACCUCCUCGUCGCCAGUGGUGCUUGGCCCUUUCGAAGACUUAUUGGACCUACAGAUCAAGACCGACCUCAAUGGCAAACAAGUCGGCGUUGCUGCUGAUGGUGCUGCUGACCCCGCUGGCAAGGAGGGUGAAAAAGAGGCCGCUGAAGGAGAGGCUGAAGAUGAUGCGGACGCGCAGGAGAACAAUGAUGCCUCGUCGGAUCAGGCUCCAGACGAUGAUGAAGAUGGUUACCUGAGCGACGACUCCGACGAACACCUGGAACCAGCUUCGCUCGGCAGCAUUAUCGCCUUGAAAAGAUUCUCACUGACCUUGCUGGUGCCGUUUAACAGGAAACCUGAAGUCAAGCGGACUGCUGUAACUGUGGCUGCCUCGCUGGAAGAAUGGAAGGACCAGCUGUCGCCAGAUGCGCUGCAGACAACAACUUACCAGGAACUUACGGCGACCUAUUUCUCUGGCGCACGCUAUGGUCGCCUUCAAGUUACCUUCAACCACGUCCGUGACGCAAACUUUGUUUGGAGCCAAGUCAUCAGGCACGAGUGCGCGAAUGGCGACAUUGUCGACUUUACCUGGCAGCACCCCGAAGAUGCGCGUUUCCUCCGCGAGCGCCUGCUGAAUCCGACGGCGAAGGAGGUUGUUGUCAAAGGAGUUCCCGCGGACAUGACUGCUGAGCUGAUUCGUCACCUGCUUGUGGUGUCGAAGCUGGUUAAACGCGGUCGGAGUGCUUUCGCCAGCGGAUUCGGUUUUCAUCGUACCGUCGAUCCGGUCACUGGGCUGGACACCGACCGUAUCCGCGGCCUGUUUAUCCCCCACGCUGAUGAUGAAUACCGCUGGAGAUACUUUGUGGAGGACCCGUCGACUGGCAGGCGCUACAUGCUGCACUACCCAUCGCUUACCUGCGAGCUCUGCAGCGGCCAGCACCUGUCCCGUUACCACGAUCACUAUGUCACCUCGAGGCAGGAGAAUUUCACCAACUGGAACCUGUCGGUCAAAAAGGUUCAUGACAUGAACGAACAUGCCUCCCGAAUCGUACUGACGACUGUCUCCUCACCUCCUCUCGCAGCGGCUUCCCUGAAAGCCACAGCGUCUCUGACACGCAUUCUGAAAGACCCCGCAGUCAUACUCACCUCUACAGGAGGUGUGCGGGAGGAGUGGGUGUGCGUACAGACUGUAUGCGAGAAGGCUCAAGGGAAUCGCUUCGAGCAGGCGGCGACUCAUGUCGCUUCUGCCAGGCACAAGGGAGGACUGAAGAAGGAAGGUGCUACAACACGCGCCAGCAAGAACUCUCAGAAAAUGGCUGCUUUCAAAAAAGAGUUCAUGAUCACGCCGGCAAAGAAGAACAUCAUAUCGGCGGUACUAGACUCGCAAGCGAAUUAUCCGGACCAGGGCCUGGAGAGGCUGGUGACGAACCUGCGAGCAAGCAUGAGAGCUCAUGUAGCGGAGGAGAGGAAAAGGGUUAAGGCGACCAUGGUGCACUUGGAGCUGAAGGUGGAAGAGCUCAGAUGGAAGGUGAUGUCAGACCCUUCGUCGCAGGCUCUGUACGAGGACCUGAUAAAAAACGAAGCGGCUCUCAAGCUUUACCAGGACAGUAACAAAGAGCGGCUGCAAGUUCUGACGGGGUUGCUGCAAGAGCUGGCGGGGGAGACUCCAUCAGGCUUCCUGUCGGGCUUGGUCAAGUCCAGGAAGGCGAAAACUGAGAUAGCGGAACUUACUUUCAAAGGGGUGCUGAGGAAGGGUGCAAGCGAGGCGCUGCAAGCGGCCUCGGAACAUUUCCGAGAAGCCUACGCGCUGUCGCCGUCGUCCGAUCCUGUGGAGCCGUGGCCGAUUGAAGAGGGAAAGACGCUGCAGGAGAGUGAUCGCUUACAGCUGGACAGUGAAUGGUCGGAGCAGGAGGUGAAGGCCGCGCUUAAAGGCUUGCCAGCGGGGAAGGCCCCGGGGCAGGACGGCUUGCCGAAAGAAUUUUUCGAAAGAAAUUGGGAGCUGUUGGGCCCGGCGGUGAUGAGGGAAGUCAGGAUUUUCGAAUCAGCGGGUGUGCUUUCGGAGUCCUUCACAACGGCGGUUACGAUACUUCUGCACAAAAAAGGAGACAGGGAUGAUUUGGGAAAUUACCGGCCGAUUACAUUAUUGAGCUUCUUCUACAAACUACUGGCAAAGGUUUUGGCGAAUCGUAUCAAGGUGGUCUUACCGAGAGUGAUCUCCAGCAAUCAGUUCGGUUUUCUUCUGGGAAGGAGCCUCACUGACGCUGUCUCUCUGGUAGCGGAUGCGAUCGACGCUGCGGAGCAGGAGGACGAGGACUGGUUGCUGUUGUUGGUCGAUUUUCAGAAAGCUUACGAUUCGGUAUCACGGGAAUACCUCUUCACGACGCUGGACAACAUGGGCUUCCCGGGGAAGUUCACAAGAUGGGUGAAGGGUCUUCACGACGGAGCGGCGACAAAGGAGCUGUUGAAUGGCUGGAUUGGAGAACGGGUGGAGAUGGCUAAAGGGGUACGUCAAGGCUGUCCGCUUGCCCCAUAUCUCUUCCUCUGCGCGGUUGAGCCACUCUGUCAAGAAAUAGAACGGAGGAAACUGGGGGUCAGGAAGAGAGGUGUGCAAGGGAGCCUAGACUACAUUGGGUAUGCAGACGACACGACACUGGUACUGAAGGGCAAGGAGCAGGUGGCGGUUGCUGAGAAACUACUGGGGGAGUUCGCGGAGAUCUCAGGGUUGAAGGUGAACCGCGAUAAGACCACACUAAUGCCGCUGGGAAAAAAUCGAAGGAGGCUGCAGCCGAUAGCGUCGUCUUUCAAGUGGGCGGAUAAGAACACGUCUGAAAGGUUGCUCGGAAUCUGGAUCACCUCUGGAGGCUCGCCGGGACCUGCAUGGGACAAGGCUUUUGAAAAAGUUAGCGCGGUGUUGAGCUGCUGGGAGACUAAACAUCUCAAAACCUCGGCACGGGUUACAAUCAUUAACAGUUAUGCGAUGCCGAUCCUGCUCUUCCAGGCGCAGAUCUACGCCCCACCAUACGAGGUCUGGACUAAAGUGAAGAGGCUUUGUCACAAUUUCAUCUCGGGAGGGAAGGCGCUCCUCGACAGGCACUUCACGCUAUGGAGCUACGAACUGUCGUGCAGAGGACGGAAAGAGGGAGGCCUGGGUGUGAUUGAUCUGAAGCACCGGAUUGACAGCAUGGUGAUUCAAGGAUUGGGGAAGGCCCUGGCGGAGCAGGAGCCACUUCGGAAUUGGUUAUGGGAGAGAGCGGCGGCUUUUCCCCUCGGCUUGGCCACAAUCUACGCGCACCCUUCGGUCCUGAAGUCCUGGCUGGGGGGAGGAACGAGAUGGAAAGCCACUAUUAAAGCGUUGUGGGACUCAAAACUGGUGACCAUAGGCGACCCGGCACACAGGUGGGACGCGGAGGAGGAGCAGCUACUCUUCAAUCGCAAUAUUUUCUUCAGAGGCAGAUCACCUUUUGGAAACCAGGCGGGUUCGCUUUGCCUGAAGGGCAUUCGACUGGGGGAUUUGGUGGCGAAAGGAGGGGAUGGCAGCAGAUCUCGUAAGAGUGAGGAGGUUCUGGAGAGGGAACUGGGAGGUGAGGAGCAGAGGAAAUGGGCCCUGAAGGCGUGGGAGGCGGCGCCGCAGAGGUGGAAGGAUCUGGUACUCAACCAACUGUCUGCGGAGGAUUUUUUCAGGGAAACAAGGCUGGUCCGCUCUGCGUCUUACCGGCCAGGAGUGUUCUUUUACUACCAGCUGCAGUAUGUGAUCAACGGCGAACUAUAUGGUCGAAGAGUGACGGUGGACAGGAAAGGGAACAUAGGGCACGGGAAGUAA